UAGACCUGUCAAACAACACCAAACGCCAUCUUGACAGCACCCUCAAAAUGGCAGAAAGAUGCGAGCCAGAAGCCGCGUCCGAGCUUAGAUGUCACCUCCCUGCUUUUUAAAACACUUUUCUCCAGAAACGAGCGGUUAUGGGGCCGGCGCCCCGCGGGGCAGCACAUAGUCUGUAAGAUGGAUGUACCGACGGCGGUUUUCAACGCGGCCAGAGACGGUAAGCUGAAACUUAUCCAGAAGUUGCUGAGCAACAAAAGUCCAGAGGAGCUGGAGGCUUUAGCCGAGGAGAAGACGCAGGGAGGCACCGCUCUGCUGGUGGCCUCCCGCUACGGACACCUGGAGGUCGUGGACUACCUCCUCGACCACUGCCGAGCCAACGUCGAACUCGGCGGCGCGGUCAACUUCGACGGCGAGACCAUCGAGGGGGCUCCGCCGCUGUGGGCGGCCUCGGCCGCCGGUCACCUCCCCGUGGUGAAGGCGCUCCUGAAGCGGGGCGCCUCGGUGAACAACGCGACGCUCACCAACUCCACGCCGCUGCGGGCCGCCUGCUUCGACGGCCACCUGGAGAUCGUCCGCUACCUGGUGGAGCACAGGGCCGACAUGGAGGUGGCCAACCGCCACGGGCACACCUGCCUCAUGAUCUCCUGUUACAAGGGCCAGAAGGAGAUCGCCAAGUUCCUCCUGGACCGCGGCGCCGACGUCAACCGCAAGAGCGUGAAGGGAAACACCGCCCUGCACGACUGCGCCGAGUCGGGCAGCCUGGACAUCAUGAAGAUGCUGCUCAAGUGCAACGCGCGCAUGGAGAGGGACGGCUACGGGAUGACCCCGCUGCUCGCCGCCAGCGUCACGGGUCACACCAACAUCGUGGAGUACCUCGCCCACCAGCCUCGCACCUCCAGGGAGGACCGCGUCGACGCCCUGGAACUGCUCGGGGCCACUUUCGUGGACAAGAAGCGGGAUCUGCUGGGGGCCAUGAGGUACUGGAGGAGAGCGAUGGAGCUGAGGCAACCGGGGGACAAAGCGGGCUGCUUGGGCAAGCCGCCACCCGGCCCCCCGGUCCUUGCCUACGGCUGCGCGCAGGAGGUGGGCACAGCGGAGGAGCUGGAGGCUCUGAUCACAGACCCCGAUGAGAUGAGGAUGCAGGCUUUGUUGGUUCGCGAGCGCAUCCUGGGGCCGUCGCACCCGGACACCUCCUAUUACAUCCGUUACCGGGGGGCCGUGUACGCGGACUCGGGCAACUUUGAACGCUGCAUCAGCCUUUGGAAAUAUGCUUUGGACAUGCAGCAGAGCAACCUGGACCCUCUCAGCCCCAUGACGGCCUCCAGUUUCCUGUCUUUUGCGGAGCUCUUCUCUUUUGUCCUUCAAGACCGGGCCAAAGGCACCCUGUCCACCCGCGUCACCUUCCACGAUCUGAUGACCGUGCUGGGGAAAAGUGUGAGGGAGGUCGAGCGAGCCGUGGCGCAGAAGGACAAUCCCCCCGAGGCUCCUCAGUUCACCAAAGCGCUGUCCAUCAUCCUCCACCUCAUCUUCCUCCUGGAGAAGCUGGAGUGCAGCCCCGAGCAGGAGCAUCAGAAGAAGCACACCGUGUACCGCCUGCUGAAGCUGAACCCCCGAGGCCGCAGCGGCUUCACCCCCCUGCACAUGGCCGUGGACAAGGAGACCACGUCCGUCGGCCGCUACCCCGUCGGCCGCUUCCCCUCGCAGGCGGUGGCGGCGCUGCUCCUGGAGUGCGGCGCGGACGUGGACUCGCGCGACGGCGAGAACAACACGCCGCUGCACGUGGCCAGCAACAACGGCUGCCCGGAGAUUAUGGCGCUGCUCAUGAAGGCCGGGGCGCACUUCGACGCCACAAACGCACAGAGGAAGACGGCGUACGAGCUGCUGGACGAGCAGAGCGGCGGGCACCCGGCCCUCUGCCCGCUGAACCAUGUCACCCUGCAGUGCCUGGCGGCGCGCGCCAUUGAGAAGCACAGACUGCCCUACAGGGGACUCAUCUCUGAGGAGAUGGAGGCUUUCAUCGAACUGCACUGACCUCCGUCGCUGCCCCCCCCCCCUCCCCCUGCACUACACUUGGUGUUGUCCCCCCUCCGAGACUUUAUUGUGACCCGCCACAGGCUUCCAUCGCACCUCCGUCAUUCUCCUCGUGGCCUUUGACCUUAUGUCACAGGUCGCCAUGGCGAUACACACCCAGCUAAAGCCUCUGGCUGUCGAUCUGUUCACCUAUCGCCUCAUUCUAACAUUAAGUCAAAUUGAUUGUUGAUUUCUACUGCUAUUUAAAGCUGGUCGGGACUCCGACGUGGGAUAGACUUCAAUGCAAUUCACCUGUUUAUUGUCCCUGAGCUGUAUGUACGUAUUACUGGAAGCAUUUGAACAAACACGGAAUACGGAAGCUCACUUGUUGUUUCGCUAAUUCUUUAAGAAAGCACGUGUUUGACCCGACUUACUGUAUACCAUCUGUUAUGUUUCUUUGAUGCCGCCAAGUGUUACUGAGCCAAAUGUCGAAAUGCCGUGUGCCGUUACAGGCUGCACCAGUGGCAAAAUGAAAAGCAACUAAUUAUCCUCCUGAUUACAAGCCGAAGUAAAGUGGAGACGCACACGCGUUGAGAAGAAGACACUUUGCAGCCUCCGCACGUCACCUAAUGCAGCUUGUGAUAUUCCAGUUUCUCAAGCAAAGAUUCACUACGUAAACAAACAAGAUUUUACACCAGAUUAUUUCUUCACGUGGUAAUCGAACCCAGGGCUGCUUCGCUGACGAUCUGAAAGCUUCCGGAUUGAUGAUGUAUGAAUGUCGGAAUGAACGGUUUCAUAGCCCAGAUCCUAAAGUGUGCCCACGUAUGCUCUCAUCUCCGGGGUCACGCCAACAACCAACUAGUUCGGCCAAAGAAGCGGCGUCGGAACGAGGACGCGCUGUGAAGGGCAGGACGGCGCUUGAGCCCCUGGAUUGUCUGUGUGUGUGUGCGUGUGUGUGUGUGUGUGUGUGUGUGGGGGGGACAAAAAGAAACAAGCAAACUGUUCCUGAUCAAGUGUCAAUUCUCUUUUGUAGUGAAUUCUCCCUUUAACUUCGGACGCAGUCUCACAGAAACGGAUAGGGCCAUUCCCGCGUCUUAAGUCAUACUAUUAAUAGUCCCUCUUUUGUUUCUCUUGUGUUAUCAUGAAUGUUUUAUUCCUGCUGAGCGCCACCCAGCCGAAAGCACACAGAGAGGCUGUAAAUCCUAAAUGGACACACUCACGUCGGGCGCUAUGAACUAUCGCUGCCUUUCUCUUUCUCAGCUGAUUUGUUUAACCGAUGAUAACUCAAGGACAAAGUGGGUCGGGGAUACUUGAAUAAAAUUCAGUAUCGCAACAUG